AUGACUGUGGAAAUGAUUGAAAAUAUAGCAGCCGAGAAGCAAGUUUACCCCGCUUCAACCGAGGUGAGAUCGUUCUAAAUUGUUAAAUUCACGUAGAAGAAGGUAUCAUAGAAAUGAUUAUGUUGUGAACGUUUUCCCGUGGCUUCUAUAUAUUGGCGACUAAACAAAAUAUGUUGAAAUUUGAACUUUGUAUUUAAUGCGUCAUAUUUCACUUUGACUGUAUUAUUGGCGAAGGAACAACUCGAAGCGUUGCAGUUUGAGUUAGAGUCCCUUCUUUAUACGAAAAAUGAGACUGAGUUAGAAAAUUUCGCGGCUUCUGUACAGAUAGACGGGGAUAUAGCGGGUAAAAGUAAAAUAGCAAUAACAAAGCUCAUUCAAAAAUAUAUCGAGAAACAAAUUUCCGAAGAGGGCGAGAUGCAGGCUAAACUUGAAUGGUUUCGUAAAGCUAUUGAUUCUUUAAAACCAAAGCCCCAAACAAACAGUGAAUCAGAACUUGCCCUUAGUGAAUUACAGAAACAGAUCGAUAAGUUGAAAGAAAAACAACAAGCCGAACUACAAAGCAUGAUGGAAAAAUUAUCGCAAGCGAAAAUAGACGCACAGGAAACCCAAGUAGAAUGGGGGGAAAACGGGUAGUAAUUCGGACAAUAUUGUAACUGUAGAGAGUUCCGGAGCUAAAAAGUCCCCGACAAACGCGCAUUAUUUACGGCGUGAGUUCAAAAUCGCAGGACAGAUUGGUGAACCAGGUCAAACUGAUAAACUCACGUUCGUAUCACUAACCCACCAGAUUGAUUCUGGUGUAAAACGCAAAUAUAGCGAACAUGAAAUUGUCGACGCCGUAAUUCGAGCCAUUUUGCUGCAUAGUAGUCUGCGAAGCUACGUCGAGACCCUGCAUGAUGUGUCCCUGCCUAAACUGAGGAAAAUCCUGCGCGUGCAUUAUAGGGAAAAAUCUGCGUCGGAAUUAUAUCAACAGCUGGCGACUAUUUUUCAGCACCCAAGGUAAGCGCUCAGCAAUUCCUUCUUCGCUCCCUUGACCUGCGCAACAAAGUUGGUUUCGCUAGCAAGGAAUCCGACUGCGAAGUUCGUUAUGACGAGUCUUUAAUCCACAAGACUUUCAUCAAAUCGUUUGAGACGGGUCUUCGAGACGAUGUUCUCGCUGCCAGUUUACGACAAAUACUUCGUUCACCCACGUUAACGGAUGAAGAUCUGAUGAGACCUGUGAACGAGCUUGCAUCCGAUCACGCGGAAAGACAGAGCAAACUGUCCUCGGAAAGACGAUUUGCGAAAGUCAACUCGUGCGAAGUAGAGCCGGCUGAAGCGACCACAAAGAAAGAUAUGGACGCGAACAAGCAAAUUUUGGCGGAAAUACGCGAGAUAAGAUCGGAAGUCGAAAGCCUAAAACGCCAGCAAGCCUGUCAAAAUAGCGGGAAUGGGAAAGAGGACCGGAGAGGAUCGUACACAAGUCGGGGGCCGACGAAGUCAUCGCGACAUCGCGGAAGAGGCUGUGAAGCGUGCAAAAAACGCGGACUCGGUGACAGCUGUAGACACUGUUUCGCCUGUGGAGAAUACGGUCACAUAGCUUCUGAAUGCGAAAAGAACAACCCGGAACCCAGGGAAACGAGAGACGGCUAUCCCGAACAUGGGACAGGGUUUAGCCGAAGAAACGAAAGCGUCCCAUCUGUGCAACGGUUGCGGUAA